AUGUCGACUUCACCAGACAAUGGUAUCUCACGGAACGCGUCUAAGUCUCUGCCCACCGAACUGUUGAAUCAGAUCUUUACUCAGGUCGCAACUCACCUUCAAAAAGCUCGAUCCUCACGUCGCAAAUGCCUUCUCGACCUUCGUUUGGUUUGUAAAUCUUGGUCAGAUGCAGUUAUACCGAUAGUUCUGAGGUCCAUCCGUAUCAAGGAUGUAGAGCAAGCACAAUAUCUCCUUGAGAACUGGAAGACAAUCUUUUCCUACACCCAUGAUUUUCAACCUCGGGUCUUCCCUGUUCAUCGGCUUGUAUUAAUCGACCUGUUUGGGGACACCGAGUCGAAGUCACACGCUUCUAUCGACAAGGCUGUCGAAUUGAUACGACUAUUCAGCGGGAACCUUCGGUCACUAACUCUGGAUUUCGCCUCGAUGGGUUGUCCAACUCCACUGGUGGAUGCUGUGAAGAUGGCCAAAUCGCUCAAAAAACUUGACAUACAAUCUGAUCGUACAGCGGGAUCUUCGGACCUAGCCAAUCUGUUGGACGCCACCCCUGAUCUCGAAGAGUUAACGAUUGGAUAUAGUGCCGUACCUCCCAUGAAGUUUUCCGAGUCAGCCCUGACAAAAUUGCGCUAUUUGGACUUCCCGUAUGCAUAUGCCGAUGCCAAUUACGAUGACAGUAGCCGGUAUGCAGACCUACGUGGGAUCGUCAAUAUCUGCGAGAAGGCAGGAUCAAGCUUGAAGAUCAUCAAAUGCACUCCUACGGAAGAGAGCGGUAACGGACUUCUACCUGUUUUGAAAGCUGUUCAAGAAACCUUGGAAGGUCUGUUCACUCUCAGUCUGUGCCAUCAAUGGGACUACCACGCGCUUUUCGUGGAGUGUCCACGUCUCCGUGUGGUUGAAUCACAUCCCUGGGAUGACUUGUACCAACACAGUGCGGACACUAUUGCAUCCGCGGGCUGGUUCAGUUGGCCACUACUUCAAAAUGUACGAACGCUUGUCUUCCCUAACGAUGACGCCCUCGAUCCAUGGCUUGAAUUCUUUGAGUCAGCCAAAAAAGAAGAAAUCUUUCAGCCUUCAGCGACAUCACGUGACAAGGGCCUUUUUCGAAAAUUACCCCACUUGAAACAGUGUCUAUUCAAGUGCGGAGUCUCCGACAGCUUGAUUGAAGACUUUGAGGCAUAUGGCAUCGAAUGUUGGAUGAUUGAUGAUGACUUGGAACCAGUUGAAAUCAUGAAAUUGGAUGCCCAACUCGACACUGAUUUAGAAGAUCAAUGA